AUGGCAAGGAGGAUACAAGGCGUACACUGUUCCUCCGUAUAUCCCGAGUAUGUACUGUUUGAGGCAUUGGCUACGGUGAACCCCGCCGUCGGUCCCGAGAAGCGUGCCGAUGCGCGCCUCUAUCCUCCCGAUCCGCACCCGAAAGAUGUCGGAGAAGAAUCGUUCCCAGCCUACCCGAUACCGAGAGAACCGGGCCAAGCGCGACAGUAUAGACCGCCAUCCAUAGUCCUUGAUGAUGCCAAGCAUAUUCAUGGAACUUGUACUUUCGAGCCUGAUGGCUUUGUGGAUAAGUUCUCGUCUUACCCGCAUCUUUUCCUCCAAUUCAAAGGUCCAGAAUCGCGCGGGCAUACCCUGGAUGCUGCAUAUAAGCCGCAGGCCCACGCAGUGAGCAAUGGAUCAGUAUAUCCUUAUUGGAUCGGUAACAGCCCUAAGAACGCCUUGAGUGCUCCUUUGGCCUAUGGUAAAUUGAGGGCACAGCGUCUGCAGCCAACCGCGUAG